AUGGCGCUAGCGGCGGCCGGCACGCCGCAAAUCACGGCGCAACAGCCGCUGCAGACCACCCCGCCGCUGCAAAGCAAUAGAACCACGCCGUUCGGCACCGCGGCCUUCCCCCUGCGCGCCGCCGGCGUCGGAGCCGCGUUCGACGCUCACUCGCUUGCGGCUCGCCACAUUGGAGGGCUAGUAGCCACCGGAAACACCUCCGCGUUUAACUCCUCUGCUGACGUCAUCUCCAGCAGCAACUUUGGCGAGAGCGCCUUCUCCGAAAGCGGCUGCGUCGGCGGCGGCGGCGGCGGCGGCGGAGGCGAGAAACUCAAGAACGAAAUGGAGGAUGGGUGGGAGUCCUUCUCACCCCAACCACGCCGGGCCGGGUCCCUGCCUGGCAGUACUAACACCACUACGCCGGCCCUGCCCGCGCCGCCUUUUCUAGCGGGUCAGCCGGCCCAGAGGCUCUUCGGCAGCCCCCCUGCUGUAACCACUGCGUCCAGGCUCGGACCCUCCAAGCUAGGAGUCAAAGCCGGCCCUGCUACAGCCGCUACAGCCGCUGCCGGCGCUGGCAGCGCAGGUGCGAGCCGGCGGAGUGGGUCCAACAGCGGCGACCGGGUGGCACGGGCCUCGGCAGGCGAGGAUUCUCCGGCUCGGCAGAGCGGGCGGCAGGGCGACGCUCCUAGCGGCGGCGAGGCGGGCGGGGCGGUGGUGCAGGCUACAGGUUCGGGAGAAGCCGGCGCACACGGCAGGGAGAGCGGCGACAGGCUCGGUGACAGGCACGGGAGCGACGGUGAGAGCUCGGAUGCGAUGGAGGGAGGCGCUCACAUGGACCAGUUUGGCGAAGAUCAUGCUCCGGGCGGCAACUCUCGGCGGGUGGGCGGCAGCGCAGGGGAUUCCGGGCUGGGUGUGAAGGCGGAGAAGCGGCAGAUCAAGAUGAAGAGCCACGUGGAGAGCCAACGACGCAAGCGAAUCAGUGAUGGGCUGAAGCGGCUGCGGGACUCGGUGAAGGGCACGGGUGACACUGCUACGAUGCUGGACGAGGCAGUGGCUUAUGUGGAAGGACUCAAGAAACUUUGCUGCAGCCUCCAACCGCCUGCUAUCGCCUCCACCGCUCUGCUGCCGCCUCCAACUGCCCUUCGUCCACCUCCAACCGCUCUGCUGCCGCUUCCAACCCCUCUGCUGGCGCUUCCAACCGCUCUUCUGCCGCCUCCAACUACUCGGCUGCCGCUGCCGUCUGCUAUGCUGCUGCCUCCAACCGCUCGUCUGCCACCUCCAACCGCUCGUCUGCCACCUCCAACUGCUCUGCUGCUUUCUCCAAUUGCUCUGCUGGCGCCUGGUUUUGUAGAUGUUCCAUAA